CGUCGAGCCGAGCAGAGGGGGGGCGCUGCGUGCUGUCAUGAACCACUAAUUCUUCCUCACCUACACAUGUGACAACUUAAUUAACUGGUUCCAGAAUGACAAUCAUAGUGUUCCUUAUCGAUACUUCGGCCUCUAUGAACCAAAGAACUUUCAUAGGGGCCAGACCAACAAUGCUGGAUAUAGCGAAAGGCGCCGUGGAGACAUUCGUGAAGUUACGGCAACGGAGUCCAGAAAGCCGUGGAGAUCGUUACAUGCUUUUCACCUUUGAGGAGCCACCAAUGCACAUCAAGGCUGGUUGGAAGGAAAACUUGGCCACCUUUAUGAAUGAAUUGAAGAAUAUAAAGGCAACAGGAUUAUCUACACUUGGUCCUGCCAUCAAGAAUGUUUUUGAUGUUCUUAAUAUAAAUCGCAUGCAGUCAGGUAUUGACACUUAUGGCACGGGGCGAAGUCCGUUUUUCCUGGAGCCAUCUGUAAUCAUCAUCAUAACAGAUGGAGGGAAGCUCUCCUCUCAGCAAGGGGUCCAGGAUGAUAUCUUCCCGCUGCCCAAAGUGAACCCCAUCCCUGGUGCUGAACUUACCAAAGAAAUCUUCCGUUGGGACCAGCGGUUAUUUGGACUAGUUCUUCGAUUAACUGGUACCCCUGCGCCGGAUCCAAUGGGACUGGUUCCUAGUGAUAAUUCACCACUAGAUAAAUUGUGUGAGCAGACAGGAGGUCGAUCAUAUGCUGUGCGUUCACACAGAAUGUUUCAACAGUGUAUAGACAGCCUGGUGCAGAAAGUUCAGAGUGGUGUUGUAAUAAAUUUUGAAAAAAUUGGCCCUGACCCACCACCCAUCAACCCUGAUGGUAAAGAAACACCUGAUGUCAUAGAAGUUGACAAAGAAAACCAGCAAAAUAAUGUAGAAACUAAUGGAGGAAAUGGAGGAUUGGGAGGUGGGGGUCUUGGAGGAGGAGGCAUGCUAGGUCAUAUGUUACAGAAUGGUGGCCGUCCUCACACUCCAAACUCGAUGCCUCUCCCCCUUCCAAAUCCUCCAAGUAAUGCAUGGCAUAAUUGCCGAAAAAUGAUAUAUGUGCCUCGACCAGCUCAGCGAGGAAGUCCAUCAGGCUUUUGGCCCAUACCAGAGUCCUUUUGGCCUGAUACAAACACAUUAUCACUGCCUGCAAGAAGUGCUCAUCCCAAUGUGAAGUUCACAUGCACAAGUCAAGAACCCAUGGUAAUUGAUAACUUACCUUUUGAUAAAUAUGAGUUGGAACCUUCCCCACUAACACAAUUCAUCCUCUCAAGAAAACAACCAACAGUCUGUUGGCAGGUGUACAUUCCUAACAGCAGCAAAAAUAGUGAUGUUGGUCAUCCAUUCGGAUACCUGAAGGCUAGUACAACCCUACAGACUGUCAACUUAUUUGUAAUGCCUUACAACUACCCAGUUCUUCUACCACUGUUGGAUGACCUAUUCAAGACACAUCGUCUUAAAGCAACCAAAGAAUGGAGGAUACAGUUUGAUAAUUAUCUACGUACGAUGCCCCCUUACUAUGCCAAUCCUCUGAAACGUGCUCUUGGACGGAUGGGGGCGCCUAACCUCGUUCCUGAUAACCUUGAUAAUUCCCUAAGCUUCCAAGUUACCAAUCAGCUCAAGAGACUAAAAAACCAGGCCAAGCUAGAAUAUGAACGCAUCUGUCUUGAGGUUGAGAAGAGACUGUCCCAAACUAAUUGUGUUGUCCAUGAGGGCAUUAGAGUGCAGCCUCGUAGACCAUUAUGCAAACACCUUACCUCCAAUCACACACUUCAAGAUAAGCUGGCACCUCUUCGUGACCAAGUCACAGAUUACCCAAACUUUGUAUUAGCAGUUCGGGAAGGAGAAGUGAAUCCACAAAUGUACCGAAAUCCAUUUGAUAUUCCCCGCUCCUGUCUUCUUGAUCAGUUGACCCGGAUGAGAGCAAACUUCCUUCAGUCAUCCUUGACGCUGCUGUUAACAGACCGAGACCGUGACCAACUGCAUUGUCGUCCUAUCAGUCAGAUGGGCAACUACCAGGAUUACUUAAAGAAAAUGACUCCCCCAUUACGAGAAAUAGAAUCAACACCUGUGAGACAACACAUGUUUGGAAAUCCAUUCAAAAUUGAUAAGAAGAUGUCCAUGAUGGUCGACGAGGCAGAUGUAGACCUUAUGGGCACAAGUGGUGGAGCUAACACUAGUAAUCGUGGAUCAAAGAGACCAGCAGAGUCCCAAUCUACAGUUGGUCGACCAAACAAGCGCAAACGUGGCCCUCUACCCCUGGAUUUUACCAUACAAAGAAUUAAUAAAAGUCCUAGCCAAAGUCCUAGUUCAAGCCCUAAUACGAGUCCCUGUCCAAGCCCUAGUCCUAGUCUAAGUCCUUCACCUACUACCCCCAUUACCAGUCCUGGUGUACCUCCUAGUCCUCCUGACUCUCCAGCAGCUCAGAGAGUUGAAGAACGAGCUGAUAUACGACAAGAAAUAUCUAGACCAGAGCGGCCAGACACUCCACCUGUGUUCCAGCCAACAAAUCAUUCUGCAACACCAAUGCCAGGAUACUCUCCUGGUAGACUGAGUGUCUCUCCUCCUGGUUCACCAGCAGCACUUUCACCACCUGAGGAGAGAACCAACACAUUACCUAUUGAUAUUCACCCUAUGCUGAAUGGAGAUGUGACACCACCACCUCCUUCAGUGAGAGAUGAGGAAGUAAACCAAAGUGUUUCAGAGGCCUUUGAAAUGGACUAUGAUAUAUUGCCACCAGCACCAAGUCGCACUCCACCACCAGAAAUAAUAUAUGAUGAUGGUGUAGAGAAGAAUGGAAUUGUAAAUAACAGUGAAUCUAGAAGAGCAACAUCAACACCAAUUACCCCAGCAGACACACAAGCUACUAAGACUUAUAAUAAGGAAUUGAAAAUGGCUUGUUUCAAAUUAGUUAAAAAGCCAGGCAGAGACUUCAGACAACUCUUUGAUCAGCUGAAUACUGUGCAGGGCUCUUAUGAGUCAAGAUUGAAAAUGGUGAACGACGUGGUACAUGAGGCCAGUAGGUUUAAGCGUCACUCCCUGGUCAAGUUGUUAUCACAAUUUUUGGACUCCAUGAUGAAUACUGAGAAGGGGACAAAUACCCGUCCCAGUGUCAGAGUCAAUGGUCACAGUAGAUAGAUCUGCUCACCUUAUUUUAAUGAAAAUAUAAUAGUAAUAUGCUCUUCCCCACUUUAAAUGUAGGGAUAGGCAUAAAAGAUGAUGAAACAGUACAAUGUCUAAAGAAAUUAAUGUGUCAUAUGCACAUUAUUUUGUGAUAUAUCGGGGAGGAAUUUACUAAAGAUAGAAAGUUAGUAGUCGCUAGUAUUUUUUCUCAGCAAUUUGUUGAAUUGUUUAGAUGUGAAUGGCAGAUUGUUUAAUGGUCUUGCUGGAAUUGUAAUUGUUUAAAUAAUAGAUUUUAUAUUGGAUUAAACACUCCAAUGCAAUUGUACUUUCAAUGGUAGAAGGAAUAUAAUUUGGUAAAGUAAGAAAUAUGUAACAAGCUAAAGAUAUAUGAGCUGAAGUCCUUUAUAAAAUCCACAAGCAAGGACAAGUAAAGAAAGUGAACAUUACAAAGCUGAAGGCAAGUAAAAUGUGUACCUGAUCAGUAGAAUUUGCAUUUGUGAUAAUUUGAGUCGUGAUUAUUUUACCCUUAUUUUCUCUGUCAUAUAUACAUACCUGUAGUUAGUCAUCAUGGUUGCUCGUGUGGCAAAGUGAUUAACUAAUUAUUUAAUGAGUCAUACUGAUGAAUUAGUCAGGUGGGAUGGCUCUGACCUUGAUGGAAGAAUUUGAGUUUUCAGAAAUGAAUGAGUUCUUUUAAUCCUUUUCAUAAAAGCUUUAUUGUUAUUUUAUUAAGUUCAUUAAUAGAUGUGAAAUUUUUACCCCCAAAAAUUAUAUACUAUACAGCACUGUAUAAUGUAAUUUAUUAUUAUACAUUGAUUAAUAGCUGUAUCAGAAAUGUUAUAAAUUGGGGACUUUUUUAUAUAAAUGAAUCAUUUCAAUAUGUCCUGUCUGCUGUGGGUUUUAUUUUCUGACUUUUCAGUGACCCUAAGUAGUAACAUAAAUUUUUAUCUGAGAAGUUUAGUUUCACAAGUGGUUGACAGUGUACAGAAAAUUAUUUGACGUGAAAAAGAAAAGUUGCUUUGAGAUUGGUUGAAUGUGUACAGAAAGUCAUGUGACAUGAAAAAGAAAAGUUGCUUUGUGAUGAUCGUUUUGUAAAUAUUGUGUAUAUUUAUAUUUUAUAUAUGCAAAUACAGUUGAACCUCCAUUAAUAAUUGUCUUCAUACCAGCAUAAAAAAGUAAUAAUACAGGCAUCCCCUGAUUUACAAAAGGGUUCCAUUCCUGUAAAACCUUUUGUAAAUAGCUUUUUUGUAAAUUGAAGCACAUUUUCCUAUAAACUCCCAUUUUAAAGGCUGAGAUACAUUCCCAAGGAAAAAAAAAUCCCAGAAACAUCUUCAAAUGCUACAAAACAUUUUUUUUAUGAAAAUUGUUGGUGUACACAAUGAUUAUAAGCCAAUAAUAAGCAUAAGAUAUGAACUAUGUGCAGUACAGUAGUAUACAGUAAUUAUUUUUAUACCUGUGCUUAUGAGAAACAGGAUGAUAGUGGAAACAAAGUGAACAGUAUGUAAUGCGAAGUCAUCUAUAAUAAUUACAUUACCCAAGCAAUACAUUGACUCCCAUAGGUGCUCCUCUACGUAUGAACCAAUUACCUUCCUGAGGUUUUUUAGGAAGUCCAAUGUUUGUAAGUUUAUUUGUUCGUAAGUCCUAUUUUACUCUUGUAAAUACCGAACAUGUUGUAAAAAAAAUAAAUAAAUAAAGGAUGUACCAUACAGUACAGGUACAGCUAUAUAUCCCAAUAAUAAAUACAGCACAAAACUCUACAGUAUAUCUUACCAGCCUUUAACAGUAUUUUAUUGUAGAAAUAGUUUAAACUGUUUUAGUUUUGUAGAUAGUACAGUAAUUAUUGAGUGUGUGGGCUGAGAUGUAGGUGUACUGUAGUAAUAAAUAGAGGUAUUUAUAAGGUUCCAUUCUUUAUUCCUGGUGCUGCCUUGCUUGCUGGGAGUGAUGUUUGCAAGGGUGUUGGAGUUACUUGAAGGAUGGAGGUGAGUGGCUGAUCCGGCUCUGCAGACGUAAUAGAGAGUAGUGGUGGUGAUGGAGGAUCAUCUAGGUCUGGGAAUGGCUUUAAAGGUUGUAUAACCUCCUGUAGGUGUAGAUACCAUUGGUUCUUGUAGAUGUAGAUGCCAUUGCCCCUUGGUACUUGUGUCCCUUUUCUACUUUCUUGAAAAACUUAUCGAGAUAUGUCUGCACAGUUGCUCUCUUUUCCUCAUAUAUCAUCUUGUCAUGGGGAAAUUGUGGGCAGAUUCUUCCACACACUAUUCAUGUUGGAAGUCAGAAGACUUGAUCUCACAUCAGGAGGCAUCACUUUUCUUGAAUGCCUUGUAGAUAUUGUCCUUCCAGAACUGUUUCAGUGUCAUUCCAUUCUCCGUCUGUAACCUUCACAGCCUGUUUUAAGAUUUCUCUGCAGGUGGUAUGCUUUAAUAAUGGCUAUGACACUUCAGUCCAUAGGCUGCAGGAUAGAGGUGGUAUUGGGAGGCAAGUAUACCACCUUGAUGGAAUUCAUCCAGGAAUAAUGGAACAGUAUCCUGAAGGGCAGGUUGUUAUUGUUGUUGUUGCAGUACUUAUCCACUUCAGGUACACAAUGGUGGAAAAAUCAUUCCUGGAAGAGGACCUCGGUCAUUCAGACCCCUUAAGGUUAGCCUUCCACAUAACAGGAAGUGAAGCAUUUUCAAUACCCUUAGUUAUUCUGAAUGAUACAUUAACAAUGGUGUCAGUUUGUAGUCACCAGCAGCAUUUCCAGUCUCAUCCACACUAAACACCUACUAUGGCUGGUAACCCCCCUCAACAAUGAUGUCCCACAGAACCUUAAGAAAAUCCUUGGGUGUUACCUUGUCAGCACUGGCCUCCUCACCGCUCACUUUUAUGUUGUGCAUGUUUGCACGAGCCUUAAACUGGUGGAACCAAUCAUGACUCGGUAAAUGUUUCUUCAGCAACACACUCAGUGUUUAGCCUUUAUAUCUUCAAAGAGAGAGGCCUUCUAUUGAAUUAGGAUAAGGCUUACUGGGAUGUGACAUUGAUGCUGGUUUUCCAUCUCUUCAGUCACUGCACCUCUUCUCUUGCUGAUAACCAUUGACUGCAUGGGCACAGAACCUGGCACAUGUUGAAUAAUGUGCUCCUUGUCCUUUAAUAUUGUCCCAACAGUUGAGCGAUUCAUCCCAAGAUCACGCAAUACAUUUAUCGUUUUCUCGCCUCUCACAACAUUUUAUUAUGUUCACGUGAGUUUCCAACGUAAUAGUGUGCUGCUUCUUUCUACCACCACCACCACUGUCACCAUUCUUAUGCUUUUGAGACAUGUUGGGGGUCAAUAAUGUUCAUACACAAUACUGUACAAAUAACACUAGGGAGCUGCAGGUACGUUAAGGGGUAACAGCAGAAACUAACGAUCAUGGCGGGAACAAAGGGUGAUGCCAAACAGCUACUGCCAUCAACCACACAGCAGAUAUACUUAGGAUUUGUGGUUUAAAGUCAAUGAGACAUUUGGAAAGGUUUGUUCGUAUAUGUCUGAAAGUUCGUAAGUUGGUUGUUUGCAAGUAGAGGAGCACCUGUACAUGUAUUACAUCAUAGUACUGUAGUAAUUUUAUAUUUGUACUUGUGAGAAAUUGGAUGUGAUUUUAAACAAAGUGAGCAGUAGGAAAAGCUAAGCCAACAUGUAUGAUGAAUAUAUUUUUAUAGUAAUGCAUUGAUUUCCAUUCUGUAAUUGUAAAUACAUUCUCUACGAAAAAAUCUUACGUUCAACCCUCGAUGAAUUAUUGUAUCAUCCCAAAUUCCUGUCACUUUCCUUACAUGGCAUGAACACUGCCGUCAAUCAGCUGCUGCUACAGUCAUGUGUUGCAGCAAUACCUAUACCUCCAAAUUCCACACGUUAUCUUAUAGCUCUACACCAUAUUGUACGCUACAUAAUUAGUACGUACAAUGUAUGAAAUUUAAGAAUACAGAAUAAUUUUCUUUUAUUUCAUAUGCAAUAUAACACCUGGGAGCAAAUGACGAGAACUUGGACAAUCAGGCAAUUGACUGAGUGACUCUUGGUGGAGACGAGCCUAGUUCACGCCAGUGAGUUUGAUGAGUAAAUUAUUUGAUGAUUGUAGGAGAAUAAUGACAUACUGAAAGCUUAUAUUGUAUGUACAGUAUGUAGACUUAAAAACAUUGUGAGUGUUAAGAGAAUCAUGAAUUAAGUGAAAUAAGUGAGCAUAUUGUUAGUAAAAAAUAUUUAAUUCAUUAUUCUAGCACAUUUUCAUUAUUACUUAGAAAAUAUUACAAAAAUGUCAAAUUUUCUUUUAUAAUCAAGCUAUGGAAAAAAAAUUUCAGAUCAUUAUAUUGUAAACUGAACCUUUCUAUAUUGUGGAGUGCCUAUACUGUACAGUACUCAUUUUCACAACUGGUAUUUUUGACUUGUUAGGAACUGGGCGAAAAGAUGCUGGUCUUUUUUUAUCCACCAACAGCAGAUAUUGUGCUGUACAUUGAUGUCAUCAUUAUUAUUACCAUAUUAUGGCCAUUUUCCAAGUUUGUGUUGAAUAUUCGGAAGGUAAAAUUCCCAAGGCACAACUAUGUAGUUCAUCCUGUAAGUUAUGGUGAGGUUUAAAUUACAGGUACAGUAUACCUUGCCAUAUGUUACCAUGUUAUACAUAUUUUUGUAUAUACUGUACAUUGUUGAUGAAUUAGAAGAAUUUUAUUUU